AUGGGGGACUGGAACCUGUUGGGCAGCAUCCUUGAAGAAGUGCACAUCCACUCCACCAUAGUUGGCAAAAUCUGGCUCACGAUCCUGUUCAUAUUCCGGAUGCUGGUGCUGGGAGUGGCUGCUGAAGAUGUCUGGGACGACGAGCAGUCCGAGUUCAUCUGCAACACGGAGCAACCUGGCUGCAGCAAUAUCUGUUACGACAAAGCCUUCCCCAUCUCUUUGAUCAGAUACUGGGUACUGCAGAUCAUAUUUGUCUCUUCUCCGUCGCUAGUUUACAUGGGCCACGCGCUCUACAGAUUAAGGGCUCUCGAGAAAGAGCGUCAGAAGAGGAGAGCCCGCCUGCGGGCUCAGCUGGAGGAUCUGGAGCCCAUGCCUGAGGAACACAGGAGAGUGGAGAGGGAACUGCGUAAGCUGGAGGAACAGAAGAAAGUGCAUAAGGCGCCCCUGAGAGGGUCCCUGCUGCGCACCUACGUCCUACAUAUCCUGACCCGGUCGGUGGUCGAAGUGGGCUUUAUGAUAGGUCAGUAUCUUUUAUACGGGUUUCACAUGUCCCCCCUGUACAAAUGCACUCGGCCCCCUUGCCCUAACACGGUGGAUUGUUUUGUGUCCCGACCCACAGAGAAGACCGUCUUUAUGGUUUUCAUGAACAGCAUCGCCGCGGUCUCCCUCUUCCUCAACAUCCUAGAAAUCGCCCACCUGGGCCUCAAGAAGAUCCAGAAGAGCCUCUACGGGCGGCCGCGGCGGCCGCCGGGCCCCGCCGAGGAGGACACCAGCCUCUACAACUCCAAGAAGAGCUCCGUGGGCACUCAGCGCUGGUUUGAUUUGUUUGAAUUUGACUUCCAGGAGACAGUCAUCAUGUAUUAA